AUGUGCUCUAAAAGACGUAGUGAAAAAAGAAAACAAACAAACCAAACUGACCUUAAUAUGACAGUUCCGACUAUUAGCACUUCUAGUUCUAGAAUUAAUAAUGCUUCAGACUUUCUCCAAAUCAAUAAUAUCCUUGAAAAUUAUAAUUCUGAACCAGUAUUAGAAGCUAAUUAUCUCUUUGAUGAUGAAUUUGCAAACGUGGUAGAAAUAACAAAGCAUAAUGAUGAUAAUACACUUACAUACUGCAUGGACAAAGUAGAGCAAUUCGUUUCUAUGCAGUUUCAAAAUGCUGAAUCAUCUGAUGAACCUACAAAAUUUGUAUUCGAAAUUGAAUUAGAUAAAAGGCUUUUAGAUACUAGGACAGUUAUUCCAGAAGCAAAUUCUGAUCUUAAGAAUCCUGUUGCAGAGGAAUUGUAUGAGAAAGAAAUAAAUAAUGACAACUUUAUAAAAAAUUUUGAUACUUUAGUAGGACUAUUUGUAAAAGCAGUUAAUGAAUGCGAAGAAGCUUUACAGGCCCAUAGACAGCAAGGCACUCAAAAAUCAAACAAUAAAAAACUUGACUUUUGGCUAC